AUGAGAAUUGUGGUUAUCGGUGCAGCACCGACAGGCCUUGGUGUAGCCUACCGUCUUUAUCAAUUGCAAAAGAGUAACGUUGAUGUUGCUAAACAUGUUGAGUUCAUUGUUUUGGAAAAGUGUAUAACCUUUAUUGAUUUGUCUUAUUUCUCUCAAUACAGCGAUAUGAAAUCAUUGAAACGAUUAAACGAAGAAUUACUUAUACUUUUUUUGUUGCACGAUCUGGAGCAAUCUAUACAGCAAGCAGCACAAAAUUAUAGUGAUAAUGAUAAUAAUAAUGAUAAUAAUAAUGAUAAUAAUAAUGAUAAUAAUAAUGAUAAUAAUAAUGAUAAUAAUAAUGAUAAUGACAAUGAUAGCGUUAAGGAGUUAUCACCUGGUGGAUUAAGCCGUACAAUUAUGGAUGAAAAUGGAUUUUUCUGGGAUAUGGGUGGACAUAUCACUUUUGAUCAUAAUUUUCCAUAUUAUACAGAAGCAAUAUGUUGGGCAAUCAAUGAAUGGAAUAUAUUGACGAGAAAUUGUCAGGUUGAUAUCAGUUAUAUGUUUGACGAGAAAGGUUUACAUCUUGUACCAUAUCCAGUACAGUAUGCAAUACCAUUAUUUCCAGCAAGCAUUAAAAAAAAGUGCUUGGAGGAUUUACGAGAGCGACUUAGAAAACCGAAAAAAUUAAAUCCAUCAAAAAAUUUCGAUGAAUGGAUCAAUGAGAAUUUCGGGCCAACAUUGAGAAAUUAUUUCUUCAAGCAGUACACUCAAAAGGUUUGGACAGUGAAACCGGAUCAGAUGAAUCCGGUAUGGGUAGGAACACGAGUUGCCAAGAUACCUUAUGAAAAACUGGAAAAACUUUGUGCUAUGGAUGAAAAACAUUUGCAAGUUAUUGGUAUUGAUGCAAAAGGUAAAUUAAUUACAUAUGAAAAUGAACAAAAUGAAAAGGUAAAACUUAACUACGAUAUACUUAUCAAUACAGGACCUAUUGAUCAACUAAUCAAACAUACUAAAUUAUGUCCGGAUCUUGAUUUAAAAUAUAAUAAGGUAUUUGUGAUAGGUGUUGGCUUAAUAAAGCCAAUAAAUCGUAUCGCAGAGCAAUUCACUUGGCUUUAUUUCCCGGAAAAUACUGUACCAUUCUAUCGUGUUACUUUCUUGUCACAUUAUGGUGAAAUGACCCCUGACAAUAAUAAAUAUUGGUCGAUACUUUGUGAAUGCGCAUAUGCUAUUAAUAAUAAUGAUGUCACUGAGAAAGAAAUAACAGAAAAAACAAUUGAAUGUUUGAUACGAAAAACAAUUAUUUCACGUGAACAAAUUGUUAGCGUAUUUUCAAUACAGUUAUCAUACGGAUAUCCCAUACCAACUGUAAAUCGAGAUAAUGAGUUAACGCGUGCGCAUAAAAUUCUCGAAAAGCAUGAAAUAUAUUCGAGAGGACGAUUUGGUGGUUGGAAAUAUGAAGUAGCAAAUCAGGAUCAUUGUUUUAUGCAAGGCAAAGAGAUUAUUGAUCGAAUAUUAUUGGGUGAACCGGAAAAAGUAUACAAAAAUGGAUUAUCAAAAUCGUAA